AUGCAGCUCUUACACCGUCGUGGCACCGCACCAAAGCCACGGAACGCGCAGUGCGCCUGCGCCCGCCCUACACAUUCUUGCGUGCACAAAGGAGACCCGGGAGCUCUUCCAGACUCAGACGUUUUUAUCAGCCAGAUAAAGGCACUCGUUGAACCAGUGGAAAGGACUAGAAGCCUGAACUCAGGCUUCCUGGUAAAGGCAGCCUUACACCCGACUCUGCAGUACCGGGGAGGAAAGGAUAUUCUGCCCGGAUGCUGCCGGGAACGAAUCAAAGGAUGA